AUGAAUAACACGCAGUAUAUACUUUUACUAUUUCUACUUUCACAGGUUUUACAGAAAAUUAUCGGUGUUCCAAUCGAUAAUUCAGUCUCAGAAAAUCCAAGCAUUGAAUGCGAUUCGGAUAGUAUAUCAAUCGUUUUUUCAACAUUGAAACCAUUUAGUGGUCGAACAUUUGUUAAAGGUUAUAUUCAAGACAGAAAUUGCAUUCAGAUUGGAAAUCAUCACGAACAGCAUAAAUUUACGAUAAAAUUUAAUCAGUGCGGGUUACGUCGUUCUCGAGAGUAUAAUGGCAUUCGGAUUACAACAACGGUUAUCGUAUCAUUUCAUCCGAUUUUUCUGACCAAAAUAGAUCGAGCAUAUCGACUCAAUUGCUUUUACUUGGAAUCAUCAAAGACAAUUACUCAACAAUUAGAAAUUAGCAUGAUGGCAACCGAAGAGUUACAACGUCAAACGCAAAUGCCAAUUUGCAGAUAUGAAAUUCUCGGUGGAAGUGCAACAGGUGUGCAAAUACGAUAUGCAAAAGUUGGUGACAGUGUGUAUCACAGGUGGACAUGUUUAUCCGAGACUAAAGGUCUGUACUGUAUGAGAGUUCAUACAUGUACUGUAAGUGAUGGACAAGGUGGUGAAGCAGUAGCAGUUAUUGAUAAAAAAGGGUGUUCAGUAGAUAAAUACUUAUUGCUGGAUUUGGAAUAUAUAGAUGAUCUAACAGCUGGACAAGAAUCAUAUGUUUUCAAAUUUGCCGAUCGUCCAGCACUUUAUUUCAAUUGUCAACUAGAGUUGACCACUAAAGAUCAUCAUUUGGGAUGUGCAAAUGAGCGACCAACUUGUAAAGGUCAAAUUCGAGUGGAAGCAUCAGAACAAAGUUAUGAGCAAUCUAUUGCUGCUACGGAAGAAGAAACACAAGCACCUAUCUACCAAAACAACAAUAAGGAACAAAGUUAUUCAAAUCCACUUGAUAUUGACUACAAAAGUAAUGAAUCACCGUAUCAAAGUAAUGAAGUUGUCUAUGCGCCACCACCUGGUCCACCAGCUCCUCCAACUCGUUCAUCUGAUUCAUCGCAUUUUCGAUCUUCGCCAAAAUCAGUCUACUCUAUUGAUAGUAAUUAUGAUGAUAUUUCUACGCCAUCAAAUGCAGAAGAAUACGGUCAUUUACCGCCACGAGAAACGACAGCGAUUUAUGAGGAAGGAAUUGCUUAUAAGCGAUUAAUCAGAAGGAAACGAAAUUCAACCAAUCAAUAUUUCUCAUCUAAUGCUACGACUAUAUUACGGCCAAAGUUACGUAUUGCAAAUGUUGACCUUCCUGAGCAGUGCAUAACUGUAUUUGACCUCGAUGAUGAAAAUAACGGUGAAAUACAGUCAGCAAAUUUAAAUCGAUUACUCAAUCCAAUUACAACUACCAGGACAUGUUUGUCAACAGCUCGAUUGACAAUGUUAAUAGUUAUCACUGUGAUAACAUUUUCAAUCUCUGUCUUAGCAUUGAUAUUUGUUUUACGAAAACAACGAAUAUUUUUGCAUAAUAAUUUCAUCAAAUGA